AUGCCUGUUAAUAUUGAACAAGCUUCUCAAAAUUUAAAUUCUAAAUUAAUAAAUGGAAAUCAAAAUAAUAUUAAUAAUAAUGAAAAGAAAUUUUUAUCAGAAUUUUUAAGAUUAAAAGUUGAAGGUAAUCAAUUAUUUAAAGUUAAAGAAUUUGAAAAAGCAAAUCAAAGAUUUAAACAAUUAAAUAAUUUAAUAUUAUCAAAUAAACAAAUUUCAAAUGAAAUUAUAAGUAAAGAACAAAUGAUUGAAAAUUUACAAACUCAAAUUCAAUGUUGUUUAUUAACAAAUGAUUGGAAAACAUCAUUAGAAUCUUGUACAAAACUUUUAGAAUUGGAUCCAAAUAAUCUAAAAGCUUAUCAACAAAGAGCAAAAUCUUAUAAACAUUUAAAAGAUUAUGAUGAAUCAAUCUUAGAUUUAGAAAGAUUAAUUGAACUUGAUCCAAAAAAUAAAUCUGCAAAAUUAGAACUUAAAAAUAUUAAAAAUUUAAUUAAUAAUAAUCAAUAA